GAUUUAAAAUGAACAGCAUUUGAAGCCUUUCCGUGAUGGAAGAAGAGUUAUCUAGAAAGUGACGUUGGAAUUGCUUUUAAAGUGUGAUUUAUUAAUGUGUAGAGAAAUAUUUUAGUUUUAAGAGUGGCCGGGAGUUAUAGUGUAAACACAGUAUUAUUAUUUUCAGACAUUAAGAAAUAAUAUGGAGACAAUCAAAAAUACCAAAGUUUCUUUUAAAAUAGUGCCCAUAACUGACAAUGAUAAGGAAGUUGUAAUUAAUUUCAUAAAACAGAAUUUUUUCCGCGAUGAACCUUUAUGUGCAAGCCUAGGGUUAAUAGAAGAAAAAGAAUCAGUAAUUCAACUUGAAAAAUUUUGCGUUGAUGCAUUACAAAACGGAAUAUCAUUUAUGGCUGUAUCUACAGAAACAGGUGAAAUGAUAGGUGUAUCGUUGGAUAACACAAUGUGUAGGGGUAACGAAAUUAAUGAAAUCGUUGAAGAAAACAAUGAUAAAAGUUCAAAAUUUAAUGAUAUCAUGGUUCUCUUAGACAAAGCUAAACGAGAUACUGAUAUAUUUGGAAAAUAUCCAAAUAUUGAUCGUAUAAUGGAUUUAAAGAUUAUUACAGUAAAUGAAGCAUAUAGAGGACAAGGGGUUUGCAAAGCCCUCAUCGACAAGUCUAAAGAGUUGGCAUUGGAGUUAAGAUAUCAAAUGAUUUACGUGGAGUGUACCAGUCAUUUUACUGCAAUGGCUGUUGAAAGAUUUGGAUUUCAAUGUAUAUAUUCGUUAUCUUAUACAGAUUACGUGAACAAGCAAAACGAAGUAGUUUUCAAGACACAACCUCCUCAUAAAUACUUCAAAGUCUAUGUAUUACUUCUCUAAAAUAUUUUAUAUUUAUUUAGAUACCCAAUUAUACCGGCAACCUAUUCAACCCAAAAAAGUAGUAUGUUAAGAUUAUAUAGUUUUAAAUGUUACAAUAAUUGUACUCCCAUAGAAGUAAAAUUAUAUAUUUAAAAAUAAAUAAUUUUAGGUUUUGGUUUAAAAGAUCAAAAUUUGAUAGAUUUACCGUCAAACAUAAAUGUGUAUAAUAAAGACAAUAUAUAAAAUAAUAUAAUAUAGUUUUAAUCUUCAAAGACAAUAAUUUGAGCCAUACAUUUUGAUUCUGAUUUAUGAUUUAUGAAUAAAGUGUGAGUAGUCAUGUAUAUAAUAAAAGACACAUUUAUAAAUUAAAGUUUCUAAAAUUUACCUAUACAAAAUAUUAUAUUAUAAGUAGUCAAUAAUAAAUUAGUAAAAUAAUUUACCUAUACUCUAUAGUCUAUAGUAAUAGUAAGUACUGUUUCGAUAGCAGUCGUAAUAAUGUACAAUGGUGGUAACACAUAUCGACAUUUAUACUGGUUUACAGUUUUACAUACAUCAAAUAA